AUGUUGCAUUUAUUUAUAUUAUUUAUAAUGAGUGUAGGAAGUUUUGCAGAAGAAGAACAAGGGGUGACAGGAUUUUUUGUAUCACCUAUUUAUAAGAUAGAAGAGAAAGUAGGAAUACUUGAAAGUCGACUUUCUGAAAUUGAAGAUUUAGAGAGACACGUAUUGGGAAAGUUAGAUCAAAGUUCAUUAGAUUUUAAGAAAGCAAUUAGAGCAGCAGAUAAAGCUAAAAUAUCACAAAUUAUAGCAGUACUUCCUGCAGAAGAACGAUUAGCCAUUUUAAGAAGACUAAAAAUUGAAUACCGAUUUAAUUCUGUUAAAGAAAUGAUUCAAGACGCUACCUCUACUAGUGGAUUUACUGAACAACAACUUCAAGAAUUCCAUAAACAACAAAUUAAAAGAGCAAAAAUUGAUAAAAAAACUGCUAUUGCAAGACAAAAACUUGCUAUGGCUGAAAUAGAAAAAGUUGAAGCUCAAAAAAAAGCUAAAGAAGCUGAAAAACUUGCUAAAGAAAAAGCCAAACAAAAGAAAGCAAUUAAAUCAGUUAAAGCAGAAUUAAAAAAAGCUAAAAAAGCUGAAAAGAAAACAAAUGUAGAAAUAAAUAAAGCAGUUAAAGUUACACAAGAAAAAGCUAAAGCCGCUACUAAAAAAACUGAAACACUUAAACAACAAAUUAAACAACUUGAAAAAAAACCACUUGAUAAUAAAGGAAAAGCCAAAUUAGCUAAAGUCACUAAACAAUUAAAAGAAGCUGAAAAAACUCAAAAGAAAGAAGCUAAAAAAGUUGAACGUUUGGUUAAGACUAAAUAUGAAAAUAAAGUAGCUAAUAAAAAAGCUUCUAUUAAUAAACUUGAAAAACAAAUUAAAAAGACUACUGGUAAUACUAAAAAACAAUUACAACAAAAAUUAAUUAAUGCUCAAAGCGAUUUAAAAACUACUCAAAUAAAAAUGAAUAAAAAAAUUAAAGCAGUAAAAGAGAAAAAUAACAUUAAGGCUUAA